CCUCGGGGCGAGCGCGUGUCUUCCAUCUCUCCGUCCCCAUGGCCGCCGACAUCAGCCAGUGGGCCGGGCCGCUAUGCCUGCAGGAGGUCGACGAGCCGCCCCAGCACCCCCUGCGGGUCGACUACGGUGGGGUGUCGGUGGACGAGCUGGGCAAAGUGCUAACGCCCACCCAGGUUAUGAACAGGCCCAGCAGCAUUUCAUGGGACGGCCUUGAUCCUGGGAAACUCUACACCCUGGUCCUCACUGACCCGGAUGCUCCCAGCAGGAAGGACCCCAAAUUCAGGGAAUGGCACCACUUCCUGGUGGUCAACAUGAAAGGCAAUGACAUUAGCAGUGGCACUGUCCUCUCCGAUUAUGUGGGCUCUGGGCCUCCGAGUGGCACAGGUCUCCACCGCUAUGUCUGGCUGGUGUACGAGCAGGCGCAGCCUCUGAGCUGCGACGAGCCCAUCCUCAGCAACAAGUCUGGAGACAACCGUGCCAAGUUCAAGGUGGAGUCCUUCCGCAAGAAGUACAACCUGGGUGCCCCGGUGGCCGGCACGUGUUACCAAGCAGAGUGGGAUGACUACGUGCCCAAACUGUACGAGCAGCUGGAAGGGAAGUAGGGGCACUGUGGAGGCCAGCAGUCCUGGGAGCCCGCAGUAUCAAGUUGUGUAAAGCAUGCUGUUUCUCCCGUUCUUCCUUCCCUCUCCUAGGGAGUUCUCAGCUGUGCUAGGAUAGAGGUUUAGGGUGUCUUCCCACUGCCCGUCAUUAUAAUUCUGCAUAGUCACAUCUCAGUUUAUGUUUGAUUGAAUUUAGGUUCCACCUGGGGAGGUACCUGGUGUUCUGAUGGAGUCAUUCUAUCAUUGAUUUAAAAAGAGCAACUCUGAAAAAUAAAACAUUCUGCCAGGAUCAGGUCCACAGAGGAGAGCCUGGGCUAGUGUUGUCUGUGAGUGGUUAACAAAGAGACUUGGUCCAGAACCAGGCACGGUGGCAUCUUUAGAGGUGGGCUUUUAGGAACCUGUCCCCCGACUGAGACAACCCAAGUCUCCCAUCUCAGCUGAGCCCUGACUGUCCAGGUCAGGUGGCUGCAUAGGUAUCAAUGUCCCUUUAAAGAACAGCGCUGCUGCGGAGAGAGACCCUGUUAAGCCCCUUGCUUCUUAGUGGGGUAAGCAAAAGUCAUUGGAGCUGCUGGGUGUGUUAAUUCUCAUCAUCAAAUACAAAUAAAAGGCGUUGCAUUCAGA